AUGAAGUCCUCUCUGUUCCUCCCACUGUGCGCCGCUGCGCUGGCUGCAGCUAUCCAUCACCCGAAAGAUCCACAGGUCGUGAUUAAGGAGCCGCAGCUGACCAUCGAGGAAGCGGACGAGUACCUCAUCGAGCUGGCGCCGGGAGAGACGAAAUGGAUUACCGAGGACGAGAAGUGGGCACUUCGAAGGGAAGGCAUCAACUUCUUCGACAUUACCCACACCCCAGACCUCGGCGUCUUGAACAGCAAGUUCGGCGCUCGAAGCGUGAAAUUCCCCUCGAAGACCGCACAGAAUGAGAGCAUCGUGCCGCUGCUCAAGAAGCUCGAGAAGAAGAACAUGCGGAAGCACCUCGAAAAGUUUACCUCCUUCCAUACUCGGUAUUAUAAGUCGCAAUACGGAGCGCAGUCCUCUGCGUGGCUGCUCGAGCAGGUCAACAAAACGUUGGCGGAUGCUGGCGCGAUCGAACAUGGCGCCUCGGUGAAGGCUUUCUCGCAUCCGUGGGGCCAGUCAUCAAUCAUCGCCACGAUUCCCGGGAAGAGCGAGAAGACGGUCGUGAUUGGCGCACACCAAGACAGCAUCAACCUGUUCCUCCCCUCGCUCCUCGCUGCGCCUGGCGCCGACGAUGACGGAAGCGGAACCGUGACGAUCCUGGAAGCUCUUCGCGUGCUUCUCCAAUCCGACAAGAUCCUCAAGGGCAAGGCCGCAAACACUGUCGAGUUCCACUGGUACAGCGCCGAAGAAGGUGGCCUGCUCGGCUCGCAAGCAAUCUUCCAGUCAUACGAGAAGGCGGGCAGAGAUGUCAAAGCCAUGCUGCAGCAGGACAUGACUGGCUACGUUCAGAAGACCAUCGACGCAGGCGAGCCUGAGAGCGUUGGAGUCAUCACCGACUACGUCGACCCCGGCCUGACCGAGUUCAUCAAAGAGGUCAUCACGGACUACUGCGAGAUCCCGUACAUUCUGACAAAGUGCGGCUACGCCUGCUCGGAUCAUGCUAGCGCUUCCAAGGCCGGGUACCCUUCCGCCUUCGUCAUUGAGUCAGACUUUAAGUAUUCUGACAACAAGAUUCAUACGACGGAGGACAAGAUUGAGUAUCUGAGCUUCGACCACAUGCUGCAGCAUGCGAGGUUGACGCUGGGGUUGGCGUACGAGCUUGCGUUUGCAGAGUUUAAGUAA